ACUCUCUUAAAUACCACCAAAUCACCCCCUCCUCAAAUCUACUCUCACCUGCCACCACCAUGCUCCACCACAAACCACCACUCCUCCUCCCCAUCCUCGUCCUCCUCCUCAUCUCCACCACCACCUCCACCUUCACCACCACUCACCACCAAUUCAAAGAAGCCCCCAAAUUCUACAACUCCCCCCACUGCCCCACCCCCACCACCAACACCACCACCGUCCACGUGGCAAUGACCCUAGACACCACCUACCUCCGGGGCUCCAUCGCCGCCAUCCUCUCCAUCCUCCAACACUCCUCCUGCCCCCAAAACAUCUUCUUCCACUUCAUCACCUCCCCCAUCCCCACCCCUACCCCCCUCCACACCACCCUCACCACCACCUUCCCCUACCUUAACUACCAACUCUACCCCUUCCACUACCACUACUCCACCGUCUCCCGCCUCAUCUCCACCUCCAUCCGCUCCGCCUUAGACUGCCCUUUAAACUACGCCCGUACCUACCUCCCCGACAUCCUCCCCCUCCACGUCACCAAAGUUGUCUACCUAGACUCCGACAUUAUCCUUGUCGACGACAUUACAAAACUCGCCAACACACCCUUCCUAAACGACGCCGUUUUAGCCGCACCCGAAUAUUGCAACGCCAACUUCACUUCCUACUUCACUCCCACUUUCUGGUCAAGCCCAUCUCUCUCGUUGACUUUCGUUGACCGGAAACCAUGCUACUUCAACACCGGCGUGAUGGUGAUUGACCUAAAACGGUGGCGUUUUGGUGAGUUUACAACAAAGAUUGAGGAAUGGAUGGAGUUGCAAAAGCGGAUGAGGAUUUAUGAGUUGGGAUCUUUGCCGCCGUUUUUGUUGGUGUUUGGCGGGAAGAUUUCGCCUGUGGAUCACCGGUGGAACCAGCAUGGGCUUGGUGGGGAUAAUUUUAGGGGGUUGUGCCGGGAUUUGCAUCCCGGCCCAGUUAGUUUGUUGCAUUGGAGUGGGAAGGGGAAACCGUGGGUACGGCUUGAUGCGGGCAGGCCUUGCCCGCUUGACGCGCUUUGGGCGCCUUAUGAUCUUUUGAAAUCUCCGUUUUCAUCGUUUGAAUAGUUGAAAACGGAGGGGUUUGAUUGGUACGGAAUGAUGAGGUGGAAAGUAGAUGGUAUUAAUUUUUGUUUUGUAUUUUUUUUAUAGUUUUAAAGGUUAAAAAUGUACAUUUGGUUAAGUAGUUGUAAAUUAGACAUAGGAAGAUUGAAAUUCAUGAUUUUGUUGUAGUGAUAUAACGGAAGUCCAAGACUUCGAAGUGAUUGUAAUAAAAGUAGCCAUUUUCUUCAUCAUGUAUUUCUAAAUUUAUUUUGUUA